AGUCAAGCGCAUUAUACUGUUAUCAAAGCAGGAAGUGGUGUUACACGGAAAAGGGUCCGGUUUCUAUUGUUUACGUUGAUAGAAAACAGCUAGCUAGCUAAUAUUCAUUACGAUACCUAGUCAGAAACAGAAAUGAUAAUGAAACCAGCGGUGGACGAGAUGUUCCCUGAAGGCGCCGGACCUUAUUUGGAUCUAGACGAGGCAGGGGGCAGCAGCGGUCUGCUCAUGGACCUGGCAGCAAAUGAGAAAGCAGUGCACUCAGACUUCUUCAACGACUUUGAGGAUCUGUUUGAUGAGGAGGACCUGCAGUGAAUGAGGAAGACCCUAUAUACCCAUGAUCACCUGUGUGUGUGUGUGUGUGUGUGUUUUGUGUGUGUGUGUGUGUGAGAGAGACAUUACAAUCGUAAGAACUGUGAAACCAGAACCAUUUUCAUGGUGGAAGUGCUUUUGAAGAACCCCACCUCAUUUCCACUGUGUUUGUUAAAUAAAGCCUUUUCUAAAAA